AUGGCUUCGAUCAGCGGAAAACCUUCAAAAUCCAAAGAAGUUCGUGAAACGAAAGAAAAAAUAGUCGCGUUGCUUUCAAAAUUGAAAAUCGAGGAGGUUAUUGAAAUUAAAGAUUGGCUUAACAAAUAUGUCGACGAAACACCUCUGGAACAAAUCACCGCAAACCACGAGAAGGAGCAGAAAAAGAAAAUUCUAGAGAAAGGAGCCCAAAAGCUCGAUCGAAUCGCCACGUUCUUGAAAGACAAAGGAGUUGAUGUACCCUCGAAAGAACUCAAUAAGCUGAAAUAUCCAACAGAAGGGUUCGACAGUGAUUGCAACGAAAUUAACACGUGCGAAGUCGAUUCCUUCCUCUAUGACGAUGAUGACGUGGAAGAGCUGGUGCAACAAAACCAGCUCAGUCGUUCGUACUGCCCAGAUUGUAAUUCUCGGAACACCAUCCCGUUGAACUUUAUCAGUCACAGUUUGAGCCGUUUGCAAAUCAAGUUUCUUUUCGAUAAACUGAUGCCGCCAACGUGUCAAAAUGUUCUGGACAUUGGGAGUCGUUUGGGAGCUGUUGUUUAUGGUGCUUCGCUGUUUACAAACGGAAACGUUCAUACAGUUGGUGUGGAGAUGGACUCGGAUUACGCUGCACUAGCACUGCAAACGAUUAGACAAUUCGGGUUGAAGAACAUUGAAAUUCUUCGCGAAGACAUUCGUCACCUGCCACAAGUGUUCAAGGAGAACCAAUUCAUUGUAAUGAACAACGUAUUCUCUUUCUUCCUCUCCAAAACCGAACAAGAGGAAUGUUGGGAAUUCCUUCACACUCACAUGCGCCCUGGAACUGUUCUCGCCCAUCAUCCACCAGUUGAGAAAAUCACGGAACAUUUGGAUCUUUCCUUUGCAGUUGAAGAUUGGCUGGAAUUCGUGAACACUACGGAGCAGUGUUCAGAGUAUGCUGGAGACGAUUCGGAAAUUUUCGAAGAGAUGGAGUCGAUUUGCAAGUACAUUGUGAAGAAUCCGGAAGUUUAG